UCCAACAUACAGGGAAGGGACCUGUGUGUGUGGAGGGGCGUCACUUCCCCAAGGCACAGACAGAAUGGGGUCAGACCAGUAGGCAAACCUUUGUCUCCUCUCUACCCCUAUUCUUAGUAAUCCCUGUCCUCUUGCAGACCAGCAGGAGACACAGUCGUUUAUGUAUGGAUCAUGAAGGCCCAACUUGAAUCGCGGGAUGAUUGUCAAAUAAGCGCAGCUGAGCUGCAGACAAGACAUGGAAAAUUGCGGAAGUGUAAUUAAUUGUGGUCAUUUGGAAAAGCCAGAGAAGACCUGUUUGUUUAAGAAAAGUUUGCUAGAACAAGUAUUAUGUUAUGCUCGCAAAUUUUUUUGAUAAUCUGACAUUUUGCUGCAAGUGUAUUACAGUUAUUAAUGCGCAGUGGUGACAGUGGGAGACCCAGCCGCCCGGGGCCGACAGCGGGGCAGCCCAGCUGCCAAGGGCUGUGGACUAGCAGCUGGGAGCUCCUGCUGUCAGCUGCCUGGCUGACAAAACUGCAGUGGAAGCUGAGUUUGAUGAUGAUACAAGAGGCAAAUCAGAAUCCAGCUUGCUCUUGGAUCACUUCAGCAUGCGAGCUGGUGCUGCGGAUUGUUUUCUGCUCUUAUCAGUGCACAAAGCACACGUGAAUCAACACAGGAGCAUGUCGGGAUGGAGAACACACAGGUGCCCUUUUUUUUUUUUUUUUUAAUCAGGAUCAUUUUUUGUGACACUUAAACCUUAAGUUUAGCCUAUUUUAUGACUAGGUCUGAUACAAUCAGCAUCAUAUUGUGUGUUCAUUGGCCUGGCUUGUGAAUGGCACCAAAACACCAGCCGUCCUUGAGUGGGACUCUGUUUGCAAAGGCCCAUGCCGCAGGCAGUUGAGCAUUGACUUCACUGAGAGCUAAAAGUCAGACCGAGGUGUGCUGGAGGCUGGCCUGUUUUGCUGCGCAUAUUAUGCAACAGUUCAUUUUGGUGGCAAAAGUUUUUGGCAGAGAGACUGAAACAAGAGUUAUUCUUACAUAACAUCAUCUUGUUCUGCCUUUUGCUUUCUCUCUUUUAAAGCUUUGUGGUGUCUUAUGGUUAUUCCCAAACGAAAGCAAACGUAUCGCUCAGUGAAACACUAGGGCGUGGCCGGGUCCUGCUGCAAAAAUCAUCCUUAGUGCACAAAGAAAGUGCCUAAUGUCAACUUUAUUAAUUAGCCCUUCCUCCUUAUGUGCCGGUGUUGCAGUUAUUGAGAAGGACCGGUGCAACUGGCCAGAGAGUCAAUUGUCAGUGACUGGGGGGGGGUUGGUUUUUCCCCCACCUUCCUCUGCAGUGUGUGGAUGCAGGUGACCUGCCAAGAUUAUCAGGGUCUAUCUCACUUACUCAUUUCCCCGACAUUUGCAGCGACUCUGGGCAUCGGUGCAUCUUAGUCCCUCCUGUUCUCUGCCUGUGGCACAAAGUCUAGGUUCCCGAGGGCUGUAAUAUUUGGUUUCCUUUUGGUUGCUGGGUGGUGGUGGUGGCUUGUGAUAUACAGGAAAUGAGACUGAACUCUAAGACCCUGUGAUAAGCUAUCUCCUUGGCUGCAGAGCUGGUGUACAGAGCCCUAUAGUCUGCUCCUCAAGGUAAGAGGGGGCUUUUUGUUACUGGGGGGAUACUAGAUACCCAGUAACCUAUUCAGCCAAAUGAAAAAUCCCAUUUAAUACUUAGUUGCAAGACUGUACAAUGUGCAUUAACUCUUUGACAGCAGGGUUGUGAGUUUGUGAUGGCAAAAUGAAGUAUUUCAUCCCCUUACGGUUUAUCAGUGGAACCACUUCUUCCACCCGCUGAAGGAGAGGUAAGAAUUUUCCACUUUAUUCUCUCCCUUCAUGCCUAGCGGGUUGGUUCCUACUCAUUUUCUAAUCCCAGUUACACACGGGUGAGUUGGGAGCUGCAUUCUUAGCACUAACAGUAACAGCCACUGCCAAUUCCAAGGAGCCCCGGAAAAUGCCACACAGUCGGAAAGGUUAACAUUGGGGUCUCAGUAGGGGUGGUGCUGACUGCAUCUGCUUGUAUAGCUUUGGGCUCACCCUGUCAUUAUCCUAGAGACUGGACAUAUUGCAGAACAGUUAAGGGACCAGCUGUCAUGUUGCUUUGGACUCACCUGGGUAUCUGAGCUCCACAUAGAUACAGUCACACAGGAAAUCUGAUGCUAUAGAUCAAAUUUAGGCAACUGUUUCCCUGGAAAGGAGUUGACCAGUGGCCUAAACCUUCCCACAUCAUUGCCAUUUCUCCUUACCAAGAAAAGCAUUGGUUAAAAUACAGAAAAAAUCACAAGUGGAAUGAAUCUGAUUUAGGCUCAGGCUAAAGUCAAGUACUAGCCCGUGGUUUGGAAGCAUUCGCAUUCUCUGCUAAGGAGAGACCUAGGGCUGUGUAGUAGCUCAGGUGCCUGUCGCAGUUGUGAACUAACAUGGGACUGUGCCUUUCACGAGCUGGUGCACGGAAAGACUGCCUUUCACGAGCUGGUGCACGGAAAGACUGCCUUUCACGAGCUGGUGCACGGAAAGACUGCCUUUCACGAGCUGGCAAAACUGAAACUCAUCUCAUUGUAGUUUCGCGUGACACAUGCUGGGCAACGUUCUGUUCACCUACCAGCCGAUUCAGAGUAUGAACUGGAACUCUUGGCCUGCCUCUGCACUUCCUGUGGUUUCUCUCUGCAGAGCAAGGUGGGAGGGUUUUGCUGUAUGCUUUGCAAUGUGACUUUAUUCUGGUGCUUCACUUCAGACAGGAGAGCUCAGCGUCAAGCCUCUGCUUUGUGAAGAGUCUUCACAGGAUCCAGUGUGUUCGUUGCAUUUUUCGCGUGAGAUAAAAUGGCCUGGGGAUGGUGGGCUUACUGAGCGUAGAAGCUUUAGUUACAUUUUUAACCAGAACUGGGUGAUGUAACAACUUGAGUUCUCACAGAGAGCUCCUGGAGCUUUGGACUUGCUCAUCUUUGGAACGAAGAGACUGAUCUAGGGUAUCCCCACAGAACUUGUUCUCCUGCAGCAGAAAGCAUGGAAAACACUUCGUGUACCUUGACCAGGGGACAUUCUAAUGCAACACUAGUUGAAGCAGACUUCCAGUACCAUCUCUUCACUGUCAUCUACAGCAUUGUCUUUGUACUGGGACUGCUAGAAAACAUCUUAGCUCUCUACCUUUUGACCUGCAAUGUUAAGCACACCUCGCACUCCAUCUACCUCAUCAACCUGGCUGUAGCAGAUACCUUGUUCGUGUGUAUAUUGCCCUUUAAAAUCCAUUACCACCUGAACCAGAACAAUUGGAUCUUUGGAGACAUGGCUUGUAGGAUCACCGGGACCUUGUACUACAUCAACAUCUACCUCAGCAUUGCCUUCUUCACCUGCAUUUGCAUGGAUCGUUACAUUGCCGUGCUGCACCCCUUCACCUACAUCCGGAUUAAAGUCACCCACUACAUGACAGUGGUCACCAGCUUUUGGCUCACUGCUGUAAGCAUCACGAUCCCGCUUAUCCUUGGGGGGCCCCUUCACAACAAGGGCACAGGGAACAAGACUGCCUGCUUUGAGAACUUCUCGCUGACCAGCUGGACCCAUCGCAUGUUGCCCUACAAUGUCUGUGCCUUGCUGUUCGGCUUUGUCAUCCCGUUUGCCAUCAUCCUCAUCAGCUACCCUCUCAUCGCCAAGCGGAUCAACCACACCAGACACAGCAUUCACAAGAAGAAGGCCUUGAGGACCAUUUACCUCAUCCUGCUCAUCUGCAUCCUAUGCUUCCUUCCGUAUCAUGUCACUCACCUACUCCACUUCCUGAUGAGGGUCCAGCUCAUCCAAAGCUGCCUGUUUACUAACUUAAUUUACAAAAUGCGCCGGGUCACUUUGGCCCUGGUCAGUUUCAACUGCUGCCUGAACCCCAUCCUGUACUACUUCACAUCUUCCAGCAAGCCAUGGCGGCUUGGCCUCAAGUUCAGAUCCAGAUCCAAGGUUUACACCAUCUGUGACAGAAAAUUCAAUGACUAUCCUUGUAAAAGCAAGCCAGCAGUGAGACCACCAACACAGCAAUUGAAUGAACUGUCUUUUUAAAACAAGGUCAGUAAGUUAUCCACCUGAACUCUGAGGAGUAGUAUUCAGGUGCUGUAUACGCAUACUCUUUAGGGCAGGGAUUAUGAAUUGAAUUUGUUGGUGGUGUCAGUCCACUUCCUAGGAGACCAGAGUCUGUUACAGCCGCUACGCUACCCCCCUCCAGAAGUCUGUUAAUUGGCAAGGGUGGGCUCAGCAGACAAGAAGUUUUUCCCCCCUCAGCUCUAAAAACUGAAGUCCUAUUUAUACACAACACAGGCACAUCUGCUAAAGGGUGUCAGGCAAUAUUUCUACUUCAAUGUUACUUACUAAGCAGUACCAAAAAAAAAUCCUUUGUUUGGAAAGUGGUGACAUUGUAUGAAAUAUUUGACAAAUUAUCCGAACCAAUGGACCUGCACCAGUAUGGUUUGGUAUACCGAAUACUUGACUGAGUCAUUCCAUCAUCUGCAGCCUUCUCUCAACUUUCUUAGGUAUCCUUUAUUUUAACUGCUAUCGAGGUGGACUGGGACGCAGAGGGCUAGUUCUAAUACCAGUUGCUUUGCAGGACAUUGGCUCAUGAUUGAAGCUCUGCCCAUCUGUAAAAUGGGAAUAACCAAGCACCUCCCUGUUGUCCCAUUAUUUGCUGAACAUUGUGAAAGUUAGAAAGUGCUUUCUACCUGAGGGAUGUUCUUCCUCUCAAUAAGAGACCCUUAAUUAAUCAUCCAAAUCCCUCCUCAGCUAUUGUUCACAGCAGUGUAUGCAUAUGUGGUUAACUACUUAAAUAUCAUGCUUGUUUUAAUCCCUUGGGCUUACUUUUAAGUUUUAACCCCCUAUCAGUGUUCUGUACUGUUAAAGUUGACAGCUGACCCUAUGUUCAAUGCAGAAGCAACAAGAUAAUUGAAUCAUUUUGUUCACAAGCAGCUGAGUGAAUUAAAAUGCUGUUAAGAGGA